AUGUCUUCCCCGAACCACUCACCCCCCGGCAUUCUCCACGAAUACGCUCCCCACCUCGUCGCCUUCGAAUUCAGCUCCCCCACCAACGACCCCAAGCCCAACACCCUCCUCUUCAUCGGCGGCCUUACCGACGGCCUGCACACGGUCCCCUACGUCCGCACCCUGGCGCAGACCCUGACACCCGAAAGCACCUGGAGCGCCUUCAACCUCCUCAUCAGCAGCUCCUACAGCGGCUUCGGCACGGGCAGCCUCGACACCGACGUCGCCGAGAUCGCGCAGUGCAUCGAGUUCAUCCGCACGCGCCUGCCGCACAAGGCCGCCGGCAAGAUCGUCGUCAUGGGCCACUCGACGGGCAGCCAGGACGUCCUGCACUACCUGCACUCGCAGCAGCCCCAAAGCCGGCCGGCGGUCGAUGGGGCGAUCAUGCAGGCGCCCGUCUCGGAUCGCGAGGCGCUGCUGGUCAAGAUCCAGGAAGCAGACGGUUUCCAGAAAAAUGAAGUGCGGGGCGCCUACGAGCAACUCGUGCAGAUGGCGCGCACCGGGCCCGCCAGCUUCCUCCUGCCCAUGGACUUGCUCGCCCGCGUGGGAUUGCCCGAGAAUACGCCGGUCACGGCGGCGCGGUUCUGGAGCUUGGCCAGUCCCGACAGUCCCCAGCGGCCGAGUGCGGAUGAUCUGUUCAGUUCGGAUCUAGGGGAGGAGAGUCUCGCGGCGACGUUCGGGAAGGUGGCGGAGAGGGGUCUUUUGAAGGGGAGGCUGAUGGUUCUGUUCUCGGGGGCGGACGAGUAUCUUCCCCCCUGGGUGGAUGUCCCGGGGUUGAUGGGGAGGUGGAGGCAGGCCGUGAAUGCUGGGGGGCAGGAUAUCUGGGAUGAUGAGGGUAGUGCAGCCAUUGAGGGGGCGAGCCAUAAUGUGAGUGACGUUGGGCAGGAGGAGCUGGUGCAUCGGGUCAGUCGGUUCUUGGAGAGAGUUGAGAAGCAAACCUAG